GUGGUUUAUGUACAACUUUAGAGGAAAGAGUAAGUCUGUUUGAGUAAAUACAUAUGCUAGAUACGUUCAGAGAUGACCAUGAUGUUACACACAAUUAUCGUUGUGUUAGUUGUCCUGUAUAAAGCUGUUGAUGCUGAUAUUUUAAUUCCUUCAACAAUAUGUAGACCACCAAAACCUGAAGAUGCCGAUUAUUUUGGGGACUUAGAGCAGGAUGAUAAAGAUAUAAGAGCUAAAAUAGAUGCAGGUUUAAAUAGGGGCUCAACGCGUAGGAUUGAAUCCGACAAAGCAGUCAAUGAGUUUAUGUUUGAAGCUAACUCAGUGUUUGUAUCGACGGUUGGUAUGUGUAAAUAUAGAUAUCGAACAUAUGCUCCUCCCAAACAAGUCUGGUACAAAGGACAAAUGUGUUAUGUGUUACAUCAAUUCUGGUAUCAAAUCUGGAGACACGUUGAUUGUCCUAAACAGCGCUGUAGUAAUGUUCCGUGUAAUCAAUGGUCUCCAUAUGUCUACCGCUGUGUUCCGUCAUGUAAGCGUACAUUUUACAUGUGGAUAGCUUGUCGUGGUGAUGACGGAAAUUAUAGGUAUACCAGAAUACAGAAAAAGUUACCCCAAUGCUGUGAAUGUAAAAGAUACAAAUGCUGAAGAUGUUACUGUCAAAACAGUGUUCAUGCAAAUGAAUUAAUAAAAAAAA